AUGUUAAAGUUGGCAUGCAUGGGAGAAAUGUGUCCUCAGACGGUCGUGCUCUUCCGUUACACUGUGGACUUCCUCUUGAGGGAGCAUCUUAUUCGGCCUAAUGGUGACCUCAUCGGCUUGGCCCCGGUGGUGACGGCACUGUUCGAGAGGGAGCCUGAUAAUCUGGUGCUGCAUAGGCUGUUGACGAUGCCGGGCUUGGAGGAGAUAUUAAAGCGAUGGAAAAAGGAGGAAAGGAAGGCUGAUGAGACUACUCAUGCUACGUAUAAGCUACUACAAGUACUCUCUUGCUUUGUAUUGCCAUGGCCACAGCUACGACACGCUAAGGAUCGGGUUAUUGAGAAAAGGAGGAGGCAUCAGCCGACAGCAAGUUGCCCGGUGCUCUAUAUGAAAGAUCUCGAGCCUGAGUUCCGAGAGCUAGUUCCAAAGUAUAACGCUGCUGUUAAGGAUGAGCUACUUCGAAUG